AUGGGAAAGAUCACUUUUUUUGAGGAAAGGAAGUUCCAGGGCCGCUGCUACAACUGCAGCAGCGAGUGUGCUGACCUGCACACACACUUCAGCCGCUGCAACUCCAUCCGGGUGGAGAGCGGCGUGUGGGUCGUCUACGAGCGGCCCAACUACAAGGGCUUCCAGUACGUCCUCACCCCCGGGGAGUACGCCGACAGCCAGCAGUGGAUGGCCUUCAGUGACAGCAUCAAAUCCUGUCGAGCCGUAAAGAAUGUUUACGUCGGCGCCUGCAAGUUGAGGCUAUACGAGAGGCCGGACUUUGGCGGUCAGAUGGUGGAGUGCGCUGACGAUUGUUCUUCGGUCUAUGAUACUUUCAAGAUGCGCGACGCCUACUCCUGCGUGGUGACAGAUGGCGCCUGGGUCUUCUAUGACCUCCCCAACUACAGGGGACAUCAGUACCUUCUAGAGCGGGGCGAAUACCGGCAACACGGCGACUGGGGGGCGUCCUCUCCGGGUGUCGGCUCCUUCCGCAGGAUCACAGAUUUUUAA